AUGAAUGCCUAUAAUGAAAAUGAAGAAUCAACAAGUACUUCAGAAACGUCAACAACCUCGAGCGAUACCACAUCUGAAGGAAGCACAACACCAAAUGUCUAUACGACGCCAACUGUAGAUUCAACAACUUCCAGCGAAGCUACAACCGAAAGCACCACUACAUCAGAAGAAUCAACAAGUACUUCAGAAACGUCUACAACUUCGAUCUAUACGACGCCAACUGUAGAUUCAACAACUUCCAGCGAAGUAACAACCGAAAGCACCACUACAACAGAUGAAUCCACAAGUACUUCAGAAGCGUCAACAACUUCGAGCGAUACCACAUCUGAAGGAAGCACAACAUCGAAUGUCUAUAUGACGCCAACUGUAGAUUCAACAACUUCCAGCGAAGCAACAACCGAAAGCAAGACUACAACAGAUGAAUCAACAAGUACUUCAGAAGCGCCAACAACUUCGAGCUAUACCACAUCUGAAGGAAGCACAACACCAAAUGUCUAUACGACGCCAACUGUAGAUUCAACAACUUCCAGCGAAGCAACAACCGAAAGCACCACUACAACAGAUGAAUCCACAAGUACUUCAGAAGCGUCAACAACUUCGAGCGAUACCACAUCUGAAGGAAGCACAACACCAAAUGUCUAUACGACGCCAACUGUAGAUUCAACAACUUCCAGCGAAGUAACAACCGAAAGCACCACUACAACAGAUGAAUCCACAAGUACUUCAGAAGCGUCAACAACUUCGAGCGAUACCACAUCUGAAGGAAGCACAACACCAAAUGUCUAUACGACGCCAACUGUAGAUUCAACAACUUCCAGCGAAGUAACAACCGAAAGCACCACUACAACAGAUGAAUCGACAAGUACUUCAGAAGCGUCAACAACUUCUAGCGAUACCACAUCUGAAGGAAGCACAACACCAAAUGUCUAUACGACGCCAACUGUAGAUUCAACAACUUCCAGCGAAGCAACAAGUGAAAGCACCACUACAUCAAAUGAAUCGACAAGUACUUCAGAAGCGUCUACAACUUCGAGCGAAACCACAUCUGAAGGAAGCACAACACCAAAUGUCUAUACGACGCCAACUGUAGGUCCAACAUCUUCUGAAAGCACAAGCGCCAGAAGUUCCUCUACCUCAUUUGCGUAUCCAGUAGACGUUACGACUACAGCUUCUGAUACAGACUGUGAAGGUGUUGUUCAUUUGACAUUUUUAAAUAAGUAGUACUUGGUGUACACUAA